ACAUGGCGGAUGCAGAAGCAGCGAAGUCUCUGAGCGGUUUGUUGAACGGAAUCGCUCAGAAAGUUUAUUACAACAACAGCGAGAUCACGGAGGAGCUGCUGAAGAGCGAGCUGUUCCCGGAGCUGCCGCAGGACGCGUUCACGGCCCUGCACGACAAGAUGAAAGGCCUCAUAAAGUCUAUCGCCACAGCAGACAUGGACCACGCCCAGCUGGAGGCCUUCCUCACAGCUCAGACCAGGAAGCAGGGCAGCGGCGGGGUGAACGCCGAACAGGCCGCCGCCCUCUCUCGCUUCUGGAAGAGCCAGCGGGUCCGGGUGAGGGAGAGCCUGCUGUCUCAGAGCCGCUGGGAGCCCGGACUCAGGGGCCUCUCCUGGAGGGUGGACCUCCAGACCGCCGCCAGCCGGGGGGACGCAGCCCACAGCGGCCCGGUCGCCCUGAUGGAGCUGGAACUGGGCAGGGCCGGACAGGACUCGGAGUUUGUGUGUCUGGAGUUUGACGAGGCCAGAGUGAACCAGAUGCUGAAGAAGAUGGCCGACAUCCAGGAGAGCAUCGACAGGAUCGUUCACCGCACCUAAAAAACAAAACAAAAAAACAACUCUGUGUGUGAGAGUUUGUCUCAGACAGCAGAGAAACACUGUGAUUCUCCAGCCGUCUCUUCCUGUUGGAUCUGUUUCAUCUCCUUCAACAGCAUCACACAGAAUGGACCCUGAACGGACAUCCUGUUAAAAAGAUAUAUGAUCGCCAUACACUUCUGUUCGUGCUCACAUAUGACUCUGGAGGAAGUGACUUGUUGAUGGACCAAAAGUUUUGUUUCCUUUCUUUACCUUCCAUCAUUCAAAGUGCUGCACUGUUUUACUGUUGUGUGUCACAGGGUGUUAGUGUGGUCCUCCUCUGACGGGAUCAUGGUUCCUCUCUGAUCAUAGCUGCAAAAAGAGCAACAAACAAACUAUUUAGUAGUAAAAACACGACGAUGCAAUGUGGAAAUUAUGAUUAAAAUGAUUUAACUUUGAUUCUAAAGCUGCGUUCAGACUGAAGGUGGAGUAAAUGUCCGAGAUGCAGCGAUAUGGAUCCACACAAAGUCGAUGCAAAGACGAGCGUGGAUGCAAAAACGUUCAUUCAGCCGGAGGUGCAACCACUCCAAGUUGAAAAUGUUUCCACUAGUGUUGUUUGAUAAAAACUGUAAAAGAAUAUUCUAGCGUUAAAAUUCAUACGAGUCUAAAAUCAGCUUUGUGUUUAGUCUGAGUGACGGCUUUUGUUUUACAUCACACCAGGAACAUCGAUGCUAACGGAAGCGAAUGACAAACGUUAACAAUAACAUUAGCAUAAAUUGUUAGCAUGCAAAAUUUUCUAUUCCGUUCUUUUUAACAUGCUAACUUUAGCUAAUAUUAGCAAGAUGAAACCUCUGGCCCAACAUCUGCCUGGUUUCUCGGUACAAGUCUGGCCCAUAUAUACUUCAACAUCUGGGCAGAUUCCGGCUGUAAUCCUCUGGUGUUCCCGGAAGAUUGUCUGUGUGUGCGCCAGGAUUGGUUCAGAUGUUGAAGUAGCAUCUGACAGUCACGCCAUAUAUGGGCCAACCUCGGGCCAUGGAACCGUGCCUAUACUGGGCCAGAAGAAAACACAACCAUGUGGUUGGUUUAUUUUGCUAUCUCGAAUGCUAACUUAGUAACUAAUGCUAAGAUUAGUGAUUGAACAUGCUAAAUGUUAACUUGUCACUUAGACAUUCAAUUCAGUUUAAUUCGGUACAACAUUAGGUCAGCAUGUUUGCAAGCCAAAGCAAACAAUAACAGCUAACAAAGUCCAGGUUGGACUGAUAAAAACUGGUGUGUUAUUGCCAUUAACGGUUAGUGUGAGGCGCCUGUCCCUUUAAGACAGAGGCGUCAGACUGUCCUGAGCCCACCUGGUGUCAGGUAGAUGUGUGGCUCAUUAAUUCUUUAGAGGAACAAAAAACCUGCAGGACACCAGAGUGUGACACCACGGCUUCAAGAAACGCUUUGGUUUCAGCUUGAGUGUCCUUUAAGAAUCUAAGUGCAGUUCGUAAACUCUCCACUAAAACAACAACAACAAAACAACAAACAACUCGUACGUCAGCACAGUUGGAACCAUAUAAACCUGUCUCAGGUCACAGCUCUGCCUUCCAGCUGCGGGAUUGAACCCAAUGCAAAUUUAUGCCUGGACAUGGACUGUCAUCUGAUACUGUAUAUACAGAUUUGUGCCAGUUACUAGAUCACAAGUUUGCCUUGAUUUUUCCCUCUUCUCUCUCUAUGUCUCAAAUACUGAAACGAUGGCCAGUUUUACAGUUCAACAGCCACAUAUACAACAAUAACAGAAUAUUUCCUGUGAUAUGAACAGGAUGUCUCUUUGUCCACUUCUAAAGCUUUAUUUGUUUAGUUUUAAAAAUCUAGACGAGGAGAGAAUCGUGUAUCAGUGUAAAUAUUUCCUCAUCUUUGUCACGCCUGCUUUGUGAUAAACCUCAGUGAAGUCAGA